AGAGAGGCGGUGGGAGCCGUACAUAUCCGUUGGGCUACAGGAAUGCCCUGGGACAGCCGCUAUUGCUACUGCUACUGCCAAUGAUAUUGAAGCUGCUGCUGCAGCUGCGACAGCUGCUAUAGCCGCUAAUAAAUCUACUACUGGCACACGGCCCCUCCUCCGUACAUGCGAACGAGUUCUUCGGAGCACCUCUCAAAUGGAUUUACCUCUGCUGAAGGAGGAGCUUACGAGGCGUCUGGCGGCAGCGGCUUCGGAGCUGGAUUCCCUCCUAUCCGUUACUACGCAGCGGCUGGAGCGGCUGAGGGCGUUCUGGAGCUGUACGACCUACUACUUGUGCCUUGCACCCAAUCCCGUCUGAAGCCACGCAACUACAUCUCCCAUCCGCCGCGUCCGCGCAUCUCCCUCAUCUUGCCGUACAGCGGCCGGAGGUUGCCGUACAUCGUUCGCCACGUUGUGGAACCGCUGCUAACGUGCGCCGCCGCCGCCGCCACCACCGCUGGGGGCAACGUAACAGCGGCGGCGGCGGCGGCGGCCGCGGGGCCGCCGAUGCCAUUGGAUUUUUUCGAGCUCCUAGUGGCUUUUGAUGAUGUGCAUGAGGCUGCGGAUUGGGCCGACAUCUCAGCGGAGAGUGGCGGUAGGCGCCUGGCGGAGAUGGCGGUCGGGGAGAUGCUGGUGGUGCUGCGGGACGGCGAUGGCCUGUCGUACGAUUCGUACUGCAGUUGGCUGCACCACGCGCUUCAGGCCUUUAAAGCCUGGCCGCGGUUAGCGGUGCUAGGGGGCCCUGGCUUCGUACCACUGGACGAGCUGGACGAGCGCCAGCAAAUGAUAGUGGAGGCCCAGAGGAACCAAACCACCAACCGCCAACUGCCAUUACGAUGCGGUAUGGUUCAUCCCGAUCUAGGUCUGCAGAUUCUGGAUCCAAAAGUUCUGGAUCUGCAUCUCGGGAGGCUUGGUUUGCGGGCAGCGCUCUCCACUCGCAGAUUUCCGACAUGGUUCGGGAGCUGA